AUGGUGCUUAAUGAUUCGUUAAAACCGCCCUCGCCUACAAUUUCUACUGCCACUGGUGUAGAUGAUUGUAACGGAGAGGACCAACCCACGUGCCAGAAUUGCUUUACCGUUAAAACCCCUCUCUGGAGAAGGGAUGAACAUGGUACUGUUCUCUGUAAUGCAUGCGGUCUUUUUCUGAAAUUGCAUGGGCAGCCAAGGCCUAUCAGUUUGAAGACUGACACAAUUAAGUCAAGAAACAGAAAAAAACUGAAUAACAACAACGCCAACACUAAUUCUAACGCCCAUAAUAACGACCCUAAUAAAAUUUUUAAAAGAAAGAAGAGACUGCUUACAACUACUGGUGGUUCCUUGCCCACCAAUAACUCGAAGGUUUCUGUUCUGGAAAAAUUCAUGGUGAGCGGAUCCAUUAAACCACUGUUGAAACCGAAGGAAACACUUCCCACAUCAAAGGAAUGUCCUUCGCAACGAGGAAAAUUCUCUCUGGACCCCAGUGAUCCCAAUGCGAAGAACUAUCUCUAUCAGAUCAACGGAUCAGAUAUAUACACGUCGAAUAUAGAAUUAACUAGGCUGCCCACUUUGUCGACGUUAUUAGAGCCCUCACCUUUCUCAGAUUUGGCCGUUCCGGAAAUAGAAUUGACCUAUAAACUUCAUAACGAGGAAGAAGUUAUCAAGUUGAAAACUAAGAUAAGCGAGUUGGAGCUGGUGACGGACCUAUACAAAAAGCACAUAUUCCAAUUGAACGAAAAAUGCAAGCAACUUGAAGUGGAACUACACUCUAGAGGUUCAAUACAAUCUCACCCGCAGCACUGA